GAGAGAGAGGAGCUCGAGAGACUCCGAAACUGGCAAAGCAGUAAAUGCCACGGUAAUGCCGAACCGCUACUUUAAAGUCCUUCCUCGUUAAUCUCUCUAUCUCUAUAUACAUAACAUACAUACAUACAUACAUGCACAUAAUCCACAGCACAGUACCGAUGGAGUAUGAAUGCUCACAUGCAUAUACAUACAGGAGGACAUCCAUACAUGUGCACUAGUACUGACUGACCUAUUCCAGAAGCAAUUACUACACCAAUUUUUACCCAUUUGCAUUGUUCUUUUCUCUCUCUACUACCCUCUGUUUUGGCUCCAUGUUGCUCUCCCUCCCCACCACCGUAGUAAACUCUCUCUCUCUCUCUCUCUCAUCCAUCUGACAUAGUUUGAAUGGUCUCGAUUCUUCACGGUGUAAAGAACCUCUUGACUCUCCAGACAUGGAGAAAAUCUGAAGUUUAACAAACCCAGUACAGGUGGCCUUGAAUAUCGGAAAAGUCCAUAUAUCUUUGAAUAAUCGCCGUUCAAACGCAACAAUGAGCAAUCUCAAGUUGGGAGUGGACGUAGUUGGUGCCCACAACCUUCUCCCCAAAGACGGGCAUGGUUCGUCUAGUGCUAUAGUGGAGCUCCACUUUGAUAACCAGAAGUUCCGCACCACAAUCAAAGAAAAGGAUCUGAAUCCCAUUUGGAAUGAGAGCUUCUACUUCAACAUAUCGGACCCUUCAAACCUCCACAACCUCACUCUCGACGCCUACAUCUACAAUGACGUCAAAUCCGCUCACUCAAGAUCCUUCCUUGGCAAGGUCUCCCUCCAUGGGACAUCAUUUGUUCCCCACUCCGAUUCUGUAGUCCUGCACUACCCGUUAGAAAAGCGUGGGGUCUUCUCCCGCGUUAGAGGAGAGCUCGGCCUCAGGGUCUAUACCACUGACGAUCCAUCCAUAAAGUCCUCUACUCCACUUCCUGCACCCGAAGAUAUUCAGUCACAUGCCCAACCGGUUCAAAAUUCCUUGCCAUCUAAGUCCAAAUCUGAGGCAAGACAUACAUUCCAUCAUCUUCCAAACUCUAAUCAUCAGAAUCAGCAGCAUAAUUCUGCUGCUGGUGUAGUACCCAAUCACGUGACGAAAUAUGGCGUGGAUGAGAUGAAAUCUGAACCUCCGCCUCCGCAGAUUGUCCGGAUGUACUCCGGAUCGUCGGCACAACCAGUUGACUAUUCGCUCAAAGAGACAAGUCCAUUUCUCGGAGGAGGACAAGUUGUUGGGGGUCGUGUCAUUCGUUCAGACAGGACUGCUUCCACUUACGAUCUCGUUGAGCGAAUGCAGUUUCUCUUUGUAAGGGUGGUCAAGGCGCAUGAUCUUCCCGCGAUGGAUAUCACCGGUAGUCUUGACCCCUAUGUUGAGGCUAGAAUCGGAAAUUAUAAAGGAAUCACGAAGCACAUCGAGAAACAGCAGAAUCCAGCAUGGAACGUGGUGUUUGCCUUUUCAAAAGAACGGAUGCAAGCUUCCGUAUUAGAAGUGAGGGUGAAAGACAAGGAUUUGUUGAAGGAUGAUUUUGUUGGGCUAGUAAGAUUUGAUCUCAAUGAGGUGCCCACGCGGGUCCCGCCUGAUAGUCCGUUGGCUCCGCAGUGGUAUCGGCUUGAAGACAAGAAGGGAGAGAAGAUAAAGGGGGAGUUGAUGCUUGCUGUCUGGAUUGGCACUCAAGCCGAUGAAGCUUUUCCUGACGCUUGGCAUUCGGAUGCAGCUACUGCUAUUGACAGCUCAGCAGCCGCGUCUACACUAAUACGCUCCAAGGUGUAUCAAGCGCCCCGGUUAUGGUAUGUGCGAGUCAAUGUAGUUGAGGCACAGGACUUAGUUCCUACAGAGAAGAAUCGAUUCCCUGAUGUGUAUGUCAAGGCACAGAUUGGAAACCAAGUAACAAAAACGAAAAACAUGCAGGCUCGGACAUUCAACCCGAUGUGGAAUGAAGAUCUUCUGUUUGUUGCUGCCGAGCCUUUUGAAGACCACCUUAUUCUUACGGUGGAGGACCGCGUGGGUCCUGGAAAAGAUGAGAUCCUAGGGAGAGUCAUCAUUCCGUUGAGCAUCGUGGAGAAGCGUGCAGAUGAUCGCACCAUUCAUUCCCGUUGGUUCAACCUGGAAAAGCCGGUUGCUGUGGAUGUGGAUCAGCUGAAGAAAGAUAAAUUUUCCAGUAGGCUCCAUCUGAGAGUAUGUCUAGACGGAGGGUACCAUGUUUUGGACGAGUCAACUCACUAUAGCAGCGAUCUCCGACCUACGGCCAAACAGCUAUGGAAGCCGCCGAUAGGUGUUUUAGAACUUGGGGUCUUGAAUGCAGUUGGACUCCACCCUAUGAAAACGCGAGACGGGAAGGGGACUUCCGAUACCUAUUGUGUAGCAAAAUAUGGACAUAAAUGGAUCCGAACUCGCACCAUUGUGGACAACCUUUUUCCCAAGUAUAAUGAGCAGUACACUUGGGAGGUUUUCGAUCCAGCCACGGUUCUAACUGUUGGCGUCUUUGAUAAUAGCCAACUCGGGGGUCCAAAUGGUAAGGACUUGAAAAUUGGAAAGGUUCGGAUACGGAUAUCUACGCUUGAGACAGGCCGUGUUUACACGCACUCUUAUCCACUUCUUGUUCUUCAUCCUACCGGGGUUAAGAAGAUGGGGGAGUUGCAUUUGGCAAUAAGGUUUUCGUGCACGUCUUUGGUAAACAUGAUGUACAUAUACUCGCGACCGUUGUUGCCCAAAAUGCAUUAUGUGAGGCCAUUCUCCAUAAUGCAGCUUGACAUGCUACGCCACCAAGCCGUCAACAUAGUGGCAGCUCGACUCGGCAGAGCCGAGCCACCUUUGCGGAAGGAGGUGGUGGAGUACAUGUCUGACGUGGACUCUCACCUCUGGAGCAUGCGGAGGAGCAAGGCAAAUUUCUCCCGAUUAAUGUCAGUCUUUUCGGGACUAUUUGCGAUUGGGAAGUGGUUUGGGGAUAUCUGUUUGUGGAAGAAUCCCAUCACAACAGUGCUUGUUCAUGUGCUCUUUAUCAUGCUGGUUUGCUUCCCUGAACUGAUCUUGCCAACAGUUUUCCUCUAUAUGUUUCUUAUAGGCAUAUGGAACUUCCGGUACCGCCCAAAGUUCCCUCCCCACAUGAACAUCAAGAUCUCGCAAGCCGAGGGAGCCCACCCGGAUGAGCUAGACGAGGAGUUCGAUACGUUUCCCACGAGUAAGAGCCCGGAUCUGGUGAGAAUGAGGUACGACCGGCUCAGGAGUGUGGCGGGCCGGAUCCAGACUGUUGUUGGCGACAUUGCGACGCAAGGGGAGCGGCUCCAGUCGCUACUGAGCUGGCGGGACCCUCGUGCCACGGCCUUAUCGGUAGCCUUCUGCCUAGUGGCUGCUAUUGUGUUGUACGUUACGCCUUUCCAGGUGGUGGCGGGUCUGGCGGGGAUUUACGCGAUGAGGCAUCCCAGGUUUCGCUACCGGUUGCCGUCAGUGCCGGUCAACUUUUUCCGAAGGCUGCCCGCUCGCACGGACUGUAUGCUGUAAGACUGGGAGAAGUGACUCGGGUUCUUCUUGCUACCUGUUUCGGUUUUUUUUUUUCUGUUUGUGGCCUUGGAAGUAGCUAAUGUAAAACAUCUAGAACCAUAAAUAAUUCCUCCAUGGCAUGUUAAGACACUUCUAUAUGCGUGCACUAUUUAUGGGCGUUUUAAUCAUUUUGUUAAUCAGUCUGAUUAUAGUCAGCUGGUGAUCUGCCCAAGUGUUACUGGAUUUUUAGGUCUCUUGAUUUUGAACUGAAAUCUCUCGAGUUUUGCUUA